AUGUCCUCCUCGGACCCGGACGCAGAUUUUGGGGUCUUGAGCGAAUUGGCCCACGGAUUCAUGGCGUCGCAGGUUCUCUUUGCGGCCUGUGACUUGGGAGUCUUCGACCUCCUGGAGGAGGCGUCCCAGCCCCUGGACGCGGCCACCGUGGCCACACGCCUGGGCACCAGCACCCGGGGGACACGGCCGCUGCUGGACACAUGCGUCACCCUGAACCUUCUGCGUGUCCAAACCCUAAGCGACACAGCUCUCUACAGCAAUUCGGAGCUGGCCAGCACCUACCUGGCGAGAGCCAGCCCCCGGUGCCAGUGCCACAUGUUUCUCUACCUGGCUGGCACCACCUACCCGUGCUGGGCCCACCUCGCGGAGGCUGUGAGAGAAGGGCGGAACCAGUACCAGCGGGCCUUCGGCGUCGGCUCGGAUCCCUUGUUCGCGGCCAUCUACAGGUCCGAGGGGGAACUCCUGCGCUUCAUGAAGGGCCUACAGGAGGGGUGGACUUUGGAUGGCCCGGCCCUGCUCACGGCCUUCGACCUGGCGCCCUUCGCCCACAUUUGCGACCUGGGAGGUGGCUCGGGGGCCCUGGCCCGGCUCUGUGCGUCUCUGUACCCCGCGUGCCACGUCACCGUGUUUGACAUCCCCGAGGUCGUGCAAAUGGCCGGGACACACUUCCCCCUCCAGGAGGAAGAGAAGGACCGAGUGACCUUCCAAGCAGGAGACUUUUUCCUGGACCCCCUCCCCGAGGCCGACCUGUUCAUCCUCGCCCGGGUCCUGCACGACUGGAGCGACCAGAAGUGCUCCAAGCUCCUGGCUCGAGUGUUCCAGGCAUGCCGAGCAGGUGGCGCCGUGCUGGUGGUGGAAAGCGUCCUGGACCCGGACGGCCGUGGGCCGCUAACCACUCAGCUGUACUCCCUCAACAUGCUAAUCCAGAGCGAGGGAUUAGAGCGGACGGCCCCCCAGUACCGGGCCUUGCUGAGGGGUGCCGGGUUCGACACCGUCUCUCUCCGCCACCCCACGGGCACCUACCAGGCCAUCCUGGGCAGCAAGUGA